AUGGAGCCUGAGCCGCCGGCGAUUAACUUCGUGUACCAAGAGCCGAGAGGCGAGCUUUUCACCAACGAGCGGUACAUGUAUAUAAAGGCAGCACUAUGCGUUUUGAUGGCAUCGCUUCUGGUUUCGGCUACGACAAUCAUGUUUAUGUUAAUGAGUGGCAGAUUUGAGUACGUGGAUUCCGACUGGACACAAAGAAGCAACGAUGUGGAGCCGGCCGACCUUGUGUUAUCGCUGAAAAGCACCCCCUUCGCAACGCCUGCUCCAGCCGAAACUCAAAUCCCGAAGCCUCAGUUUCAAAUUCCGACCGGCAAUCCAAAGAUCAUAAACCCGCUUUCGAACGUGGACCGUGUAUCUUUAGCCACCAACGAGAUCCGCCUCGGUGAUCAUCCUCAAGACGCGGCAGAGGCAGUGAAUACUGUGCAGAUGCCCCCUGCGUAUAUCAUCGGUCAGUCUGUGCCGAAAGACUACAAAAAUCGCGAACCUAUGCCCACGAUGGUCAACACGAAAGCUUCAAACGAUAAUCAGUACGAACACCUGCAAAUCGUUCACCAGUAUAAUCCGGAGAACGAUUUGUCGAUCGAGUCGUACGGUGAGUCAGAAGAAUUUCCCGGCAUGUCUCUUGCUCCCGACGACCAGCACCUCAUGGACGGAGCUGUACCUCAUCGACACGUUUCUCUGACUGUCACCAGCAACUCCGACAGCGUCUUUCCGCUGCUGUCUUUGCCAGAGUUCACCGCUGCCGUGAACAGGUUCGUUGACGACGUUGAGAAACUUCUGCCGAUAGUAAUGUUUUAA